AUGGAAGAACAGAUAAAAACUUAUUCUGAAUGUUUAGAUAAAUUAUAUAAGACGCAUUCUAUAAAAUUAGGGCUUGAUAAUUCAAAAAAACUGAGUGAAUCUUUUGAUAAUCCUUGUGAUAAAUAUAAAACAAUCCAUAUUGCUGGUACUAAUGGAAAAGGAUCAGUAUGCUAUAAAAUAUACUCUUGUCUAAAAUUAAAAAAAUAUAAAGUAGGCUUAUUUUCUUCUCCUCAUAUAUUUUCAUUAAGAGAAAGAAUAAUUGUAGAUGAUGAAUUAAUAAAUGAAGAAGAUUUAAUUUUUCUAGUAAAUAAAGUAAUAAAUAAAAUUAAAAAAAUUGAUAUAAAACCAUCAUUUUUUGAAAUUAUAACAAUGGUUGCAUAUUUGCAUUUUUUAAAUAAAGAAGUUGAUUAUGCUAUAAUUGAAACUGGAUUGGGAGGAAGAUUAGAUGCUACAAACAUUUUAAGUAAACCGGAACUAAUUGUGAUUACUUCUAUUGGUUAUGAUCAUUCUCAUAUAUUGGGAAAUGAACUAAAUCUAAUAUGCAAUGAAAAAAUUGGUAUAUUUAAAAAAGACACAAAUGUUAUUAUAGGACCAUCAGUUUCUAUAUAUAAAAAUGUUUUUGAAAAAGCAAAGGAAUUAAAUUGCAGAAUAACAUUAGUCUCACCAGAACCUAGAGGAGAAACAUAUAAUGAAGAAAAUUCUAGAAUAGCUCUAGAAGCGUUAAAAAUUUUAAAUAUAAAUGUAGACAACUUUUUAAAAUCUGUUAUUUAUAUCAAACCACCUUUAAGAUUACAAUAUUUAGCACAAGAACAAAUUCAUCAUGUAAAAAAAAAAUAUACUUCAAAUAAUUUAGAUAAUAAUUUUUCUUUAUACCCUUGUGCAGUUAUAUUAGAUGUUGGCCACAAUGAAACAGCUAUUGAUAGAUUGUGUACGGAUAUCAACUAUUUUCAUAAAGGUAAACUAAUAAGAAUAUGUAUAUCCUUAACUAAACCAAGAAAUUUAAAUAUAUUUCACCCUUUUAUUGCUCAUUUUCCUGAUACACUAAAGGAUGUAUUUUAUUUACCAUCAAUAAAUCAACGGACAUAUGACUUUGAAGAGAUUACUGAUAUGAUAAAUAAUGAUGAUCAAAUAGAUAAUAAAUUAAAACAAUUAAUUUUAGAUAGUUCUGAGAAAGUAAGACGAUGGUUACAAUGUAAUAAUAAGGAAAAUAUUGAUGGUGCAGAAAAUUUUGAUAAAUUAUAUAAAAGGGGAACUAUUCCGUUAAUUGUAAAGAAUGCCUUCCUAGAAUGUUGUAAAGAUAAUUCUAUUUUGUUAAUUGUUGGGACUUUUUUUAUGUUUGAUGAAGUUUUAAACACAUUUGAUAUUUAUUCAGAUAUUCAAGAUUCUGUUUGUAUGAACGAGCCAUCACUGAUUUAA